ACUUGAAUUGUUUUGUAAACUUCUAAACUCAACGCUCUCGCAAUUUUAAAUGUUUUAUAAUUAAUAUUAUAAUAAUAUAUUAAAUAUUAUAUUUUUCUUAUAAAAUCAAUAAGAAAAUGUCAACUGAUAAGUUUUACAACUUUUUAAAAGCCGUGGAAACAGUUAAAAAAGACUAUACAUGUGGACAUUGCAAAGAAAUGUGUGUAAAACCUGUUACACUAAGCUCUUGUUUUCAUAUGAUUUGUUCAGAUCACUUUCGAAACUUAAAACUCUGUCCCACAUGCAAGAUUCCGCUUGAUGGUUGUAUUACAUAUGUAGACGAACAAUUGGAUACAUGUGUUGAAUCUAUUAAGGAACUUGAUAAUUUGUGUAAAGACUUGAGACCGACCAAUAUAAGUGCGUCUAAACCGGCCAAAUCUUCAAAGAAUAAUACAAAAUCUGAAUCAGGUCAGGAAAACAAACAGAAAGUUUUAAAAUCAGAUAAAAGCACCUCUUUAUUAUCCAAUACAACUACUAAAGGUAUUGAGAAAAGGAAUAGUAAAGGCGAAACUGUUCUUCAUGUAGCGUGCAGACUAGGCAAAGUUGACAGAGCUAAGGACUUGCUAAAUAUGGGGGCAAAUUCCAAUACAAAAGACAAUGCUGGUUGGACACCACUACAUGAAGUCGUACAAAAUGGCAAUUUAGAAUUAGUCAGACUUCUUUUGCAAUUUAACACGCUUAUUGAUGUUCCAGGGCAGAAUAAUGAGACACCUCUUCAUGAAGCUAUUAGGUAUAGUCAUGUAGAUAUUGCUACAGAAUUAGUUAAGAAUGGUGCGGACCUAGAAGCACGAAAUUGUAAAGGGGAAACCCCAUUACAGUUAGCCACGGAAGAAGUAAAAUCUAUUUUAUUAGAAGCAGCUGAAGAUUUACAGCAAUCACAAGGUGUUAAUAUUACACAUAUUGCAAAUAUACAUUCUGAAUUAGAUUUUGAUGACAUAAGAGUAUUCUGUUUAUCUCAUGUACGGUCCGUUUCAAACAAGUUGAAGCUGUUAGCUAAGAGUCAUUCUAAUUUACAUCUAGAAGCAAAAUUUACAAAGAAAGUAACUCAUAUAAUAAUAGAUGAAGAUGAUGGUGUCUGUGUACCCAGCACAGAUAUAUUGCAAGGGAUUGUAUAUGGUGUUUGGAUUUUAUCAAGCCAAUGGGUAAACAAGUCAACCGAGGACUCUUUGGAACACUUUGAAGAGUAUGAAGUAAAGGGUAUUGGCAAUAAGUUAUAUAGAGGCCCUAAAAUUUCUAGGUACAACAAAUACAAACAGUUGCCGGGCCUCUUUGACGGCUGUCAUUUCUAUUUACACAAUUUUACAACCAAAUAUGAACUCUCCAAAUCUCUUGUAUUGACAAAAGCAAUUUUAUCCAAAUUGAUAACAGAUGCUAGUGGAAUUGUAUUACGGCGUGUACCUAACCCAGAAUUGAUUCCGGAUUCUGAAAAACUAAUUCCAUAUCAUGCUAAGAAGGGUGGUAAAUUGGAGAUAUGCUCACAUUACAUUAUAUUCAAAGAUAUCUAUCAACCAAUGUACAAUAUGGCACAUAUCAAAGCAUUACCUCUCGGAUGGCUCAUAGAAUGUAUUGAAAAAUAUGAAUUAUGUGAUCCAUGAGGUUGAAGCAACGUAACUCUUAAGGUGAGACAAGGUUUGAUUAAAUCAUUACAUUAAAUUACUUAGUUAGUCUAGCUCUAGGCUAACACAAAAGAAUGGAGUUUAGUUAUUAGGAAAUUUUGUUAUUUAAUAGGUAGGCUUAGAUUAUAAUUUGAAUAAGAAUUGAUUUUUAUUUGUACUAUGUUUAUAUGAAAAACAAUGUUAAAUGUGCCUUAUUUAUAACAAUUUGCCUGUGAUAUAUGCUUUACUGUAUGCAAGUACUACUACUGUAACAAGUUAUAUAAAUAAUAAUUUGUAACGUUUGAA